UUUUUGGAUUUGAAAAGUGAAAAUUCUGAAUAAUCGAAUCUUAAAAUUGUGAAUAUCAAUCAAUGGGGAGGAGAAAAGAGCGUAAACUUGCAGCAAAAGGUGCCGCCGGUCGGAGAGUUAAGCUCGAUCUCUUCGCGGAACCCUCUGGAGAUUUAGGUGGCUCCUCUGUCCAAGAUGAGGUUGGAGGGGAAGAAGACUCCAAGAUUCAUGCCGAGCUACCUAAUUCACCAUUGUCUUCAGGUGGGUUCCGUCAGUUUUCUUCCAAAGGACUUGUAGAGAAGACAUGAUGUGACUGAUAAUGUCGGUGGAAAUUAUUGAUUUACUUUGUACAAGACAUCUUGUUUGUACCACAAAAGUUUAUGUUUUCAGAAUGUUGCCUGCUGUGGUAUUGGGAACUUUCAAUUGGUCAUCAGUUACCGUCAGCCCCUGCCACAGCCACAGUCAAUUAUUGAAUAACGUCUUACCUAUCAUGCCUUUUUUGGCGGCAUCAAAGGCGUACCGAUUACAAGAAGAGUAUUUCCUCUCCUCGGUCAAGAACCGGAGAAUCCUCUUAUGCUGCUUGGGCAAUAUAGUGACGAUGAAGUGGAUGAGGAGUCGGUUGAAGGACUUAAACGUGCUGCUUCAGAGGAUUCUUCUCUUGAUCAUGAAGACAAGGGAAAGCACUCUGGCGACGAGGAAACUGAUGUUAAUGGGGAAAUUGGUUCUACUGUUAUGGAAGUUGAAGAGAAAGCUAUUGACAAUGGCUCUGAUCUACCAAGUCUCUCAGAUAGACCUGCAGAAGAUAGUUCUAAAGAAAACAAUGCUUCUGUCUCAGUUGAUUUACAUGCACAGUUGAGUGUGUUGGAUCAGAUUGCUGCUCCUACAACUUCGGAUGCACAGGCUCUGGGGGAUGCAAGUGCAGGGUGGAAGAUGGUGUUGCACGAAGAGAGUAACCAGUACUAUUAUUGGAACACAGUAACAGGCGAGACUUCAUGGGAAGUGCCUCAGAUAUUGGGUCAUGCAGCUGAACCGAGGUUAGAAGAGAAAGUUACUGCUGAAACUGAAUGCAUGGGCAGCACCACCUUGGAGAACUUAGAAUCCUCUGCAAAAAAUGAUAUAGACACUAGACAGACUGGCGUCAGCUAUAGCGACAUCAAUGAAUACAGGAAGGCAAUGGAUGACGACUUACAUGAUAAAAAAGGAGGCAAUGAUGAGGACCAGAGUGGCACAAUAAAUGGCUCUGAACAAAUUGAUUCACAGUGCAAUGAAAUAUCUUCUCCUGGUGGAUCUCUUUCUUCAGGGCAAUCAGAUCAUGCUCCUGAAGGUCAUUUGAACGGGUCAGGUGAAGAUUUUACAAAAUGCAGGGAUGCAGAUUAUGUUCCAGAAGAUGAAACUGAGGCAGACUUUUCCUCUGACCUGGUAAAACAUUGUGAACGUUUGCUAGAGCAACUGGAGACCAUGAAAGGGUCUGAAUUUUACGUACAGUAUGAUCGAAUUUCAAAAUAUGCAUUGGAACUUGAGAUUAGGCUAGCUGAUAUAAGGUCCUUAGCCUGUAAUGGGCUUUCAUUACUUCCCUUCUGGGUGCACUCCGAGAGGAAGAUAAAACUGUUAGAUUCAGAAAUAAAUCAACUUUGUGGGCUAUUCUUAUCAGUACAACAGAAUGAUGUUGAGGCUGGUCAUGAAUCCCACAGAGACAGUGAUAAUGGAGAGAGGUCAAGCUGUCCUGCCACUGGUGAUGCAAGUGAGGAAAGUGGAGCCACUGGGGUCCCUGUACAUGAAGAUUUAACUCCUCAAACAGUGCUUCAUCCGGCUGAGGAAGUAGACAUGGAUGUGGAUAUGGAAGUUGAAGAUACAGAACCUUCAAGAAGCUUAACUGUGUGUGAUGCACUGCAUGCCCCAAAUCAUGCCCCACUGGAUGGACCAAGUCUGUCAGUGCAACAGACAAAAUUGGAGUCCUCAAUCCUGGAACAAACACUUACCGUUCCUCCUCCACCUGAUGAAGACUGGAUUCCUCCUCCACCUCCUGAUAAUGAACCUUUUCCGCCACCACCACCUGAUGAACCUCUAGAUCACACACAUGCUGUUCCUUCAAAUAUGGAAUCAGUUCAAUCUUUUCCUUACAACUUAGCUUAUCCGGGUUCAACAUUUGAUUACUAUGGGCAAACUAAUCCUGAAGUUGCUAGUAGUUUAUAUGCAACUUCCGAUGGUCAGAUAGCUGUUACUCAUCACCCUUUAUAUUAUCAAAUCCCAACUACAUAUAGUGUGGCUCCUGUGGCGAUCAACCAUGUCGACCCCAGUGCAUACUAUGGCCAUCAGGAUGGGGCACUGCAGCCUGUCUCUGUUGUCAGUGGUACAGAGUCUUCUGGUCUUCCAGCUAUACCAGUUCAUGAAAAUGUUGCCCCUGAUGCAAUUCCAUCCUUAGAUGUCAACAAGGGGUCACGAUCUGAUUUAUCAGCAAAAUCUGAGGCUGAUGUAGCUGCUAAUUUGGUGAAUGAAACGACAUCUUUUGAUGUUCCUGCCACACAAUCCUCUUUAGCUACAGAAACCGCAUCAGCAAUGGAGGGUGUUGGUGUGUCUUCUACAUCUGUUGCCACUGGCACUGUUGCUACUGCUUCAACUGCUCCCUCAAAAGUUCCAUCAAAAGUUUUGCGUAAAAAGCAGACUGUGGGUGUGGUGUCCACAUUAAGGUCUAAUAGGAAAGUGUCGAGCUUGGUUGACAAGUGGAAAGCUGCCAAAGAGGAGCUGCAUGCGGAGGAGGAAGAAGAACGUGAAAGUGCUCUUGAGAAGCUGGAGAAGAAACGACAACGAGAAAUAGAGGAAUGGCGUGCUCAGCAAAUUGCAAGUGGGGAGGCCAAAGAUAAUGCUAAUUUCCAGCCACUUGGCGGCGAUUGGCGAGAGCGUGUGAAACGAAAAAGAGUAGAAAAGAUGAGGGAGGCUGAAAAGCAACCAUCUGAAGAAAAUGAGCAACCUGAUCUGGAUGUCAUUUCAAGAGGUCUUCCAUCUGGAUGGCAGGCUUAUUGGGAUGAUUCCACGAAGCAGGUCUAUUAUGGAAAUGCUGUGACAUCAGAAACAUCCUGGAAUAGACCAACUAACUGACGAAGAUCAAUAGGAGUUCCUACUUUACAUACUUAUUGUAGCACCAGUGGUUCUAAUAAUAUUAGCAGUUACUAUCUUGUAUAUAUGUAAGGUUGUAGUGAUGUGAUCCAGUAGUAGCUGUUUUUGAACUCGAUUUGAUUUCUUAAUGAGUUCUAAAGUUUUGUU